ACCAGUUGCACGCUGGCUGCUCGGAAUAAAAUCAAAACAAACUGGAAAUGGAGCAAACAAAGCCGUUUUACGACUUUUGCAUACCGUUCAACAAGGACGACAAAGUGAUGCGAGCCCUGCUCAGCGAGCUGGUGGAGUUGGGCUACAAGACCAUAGCCAUCGACCAGAGUUUCGAUCACAGCCGCAAGGAGGCCGGCAAGAGGGGCUCCGAGAUGUUCCCCGAGCCGCACAAGGUCGAGCAUCUGCGCAAGGAGUUCGGAGACAAGCUGCGGAUACUGCAGAGAAUUACCAUUCUCUACGUGGAUGUCAAUGUGUCGCACGCGAUGAGUGUCUCCCUGAAUCUGCGCAAGUUCAAUCUGAUUGCUGGCCAGCCCAAGACAGAUGCAGCCUUAACCCACUGUUGCACCAACUUCAACGGUGAUCUGGUUACCUUCGAUCCUGCGGCCGGAUCACGGCUAAUGGUCAAUCGGAAGGCCUACCAGGUGGCAGUGCGCCGUGGCAUGUUCUUCGAGAUCAAGUACGGGCCCGCCAUUGCCGAUUCGAACAACAGGAAGGACAUGAUCAAGGUUGCCCACAAUUAUGGCAUCAAGGGAAAGUCCCGAAACAUCAUCUUCAGCAGUGGAGCAGCGCACCAGUUCCAGUUGCGGGGACCCUACGAUGUGGCCAAUCUCGCCUUCAUAUUCGGCCUGUCGGAGGAUCAAGGCAAGAAAGCUGUGGACCGGCACUGCCGACAGCUCUUCCUGAGGGCUGAGUCGCGACGUUUGGGCAAGACCAUCAUGUUCGUGAAAGGCGGCGGACCCAUUGUCUUCUCGGAUAGCUCGGAAGAUGACCAAAGUGAUUCGCUGGAAGACGAAAUGGAAGGGUGUCUGAAGGAGGAAGAGUUGGAUGAAGAGGAUGAUGAAGAUAAUGGAGAUAAUAACGAGGAAACAGAAAAUAAGCCGGCAAAUAAAAGACUGAAAAUCGCGUAGCUCAAGAGAAAAUGA